AUGUCGGAAGAGCCCACUCCUGCAUCAAAGAACAUUUCAUCUGGACUGCCGCUCGGAAGCCCCCAUCCAGAUGCAGCACUCGCUCCACAGUCGGGAGUGCCCACGUCUGCACCAAAAGAAGUUACAACUGGGCUACAACUUGGAAGCUCCCACCCAGAUGUGGCAGUCACUUCACAGUUGGGAGAGCCCACUCCUGCAUCAAAAAAAGUUGCAACGGGGCAGCUUCUCAGAAGCUCACAUCUGGAUGCAGCAAUCGCCCUGCAGCUGGGAGAGCCCAUUCCUGCAUCAAAAGAAGUUACAACUGGGCUGCCACAAGGAACUUCCCAACCAGAUGUGGCAGUCACUCCACAUUUGAGAGAGCCUACUGCUGCAUCAAAAGAAGUUACAACUGGGCUGCCACAAGGAACUUCCCAACCAGAUGUGGCAGUCACUCCACAGUUGGGAGAGCCCACUCCUGCAUCAAGAAAAGUUGCAACUGGGCUGCCACAAGGAACUUCCCAACCAGAUGUGGCAGUCACUCCACAGUUGGGAGAGCCCACUCCUGCAUCAAGGGAAGUUGCAACUGGGCUGCCACUAGGAACUUCCCAUCCAGAUGUGGCAGUCACUCCACAGUUGGGGGAGCCCACUCCUGCAUCAAGAGAAGUUGCAGCUGGGCUGCCACUAGGAACUUCCCAUCCAGAUGUGGCAGUCACUCCACAGUUGGGAGAGCCCACUCCUUCAUCAGUAGAAGUUAUAACUGGGCUGCCACAAGGAACUUCCCAUCCAGAUGUGGCAGUCACUCCACAGUUGAGAGAGCCCACUCCUUCAUCAGAAGAAGUUAUAACUGGGCUGCCACAAGGAACUUCCCAUCCAGAUGUGGCAGUCACUCCACAGUUGGGAGAGCCCACUCCUGCAUCAAGAGAAGUUGCAACUGGGCUGCCACUAGGAACUUCCCAUCCAGAUGUGGCAGUCACUCCACAGUUGGGGGAGCCCACUCCUGCAUCAAGAGAAGUUGCAGCUGGGCUGCCACUAGGAACUUCCCAUCCAGAUGUGGCAGUCACUCCACAGUUGGAAGAGCCCACUCCUGCAUCAAGAGAAGUUGCAACUGGGCUGCCACAAGGAACUUCCCAUCCAGAUGUGGCAGUCACUCCACAGUUGGGAGAGCCCACUCCUUCAUCAGAAGAAGUUAUAACUGGGCUGCCACAAGGAACUUCCCAUCCAGAUGUGGCAGUCACUCCACAGUCAGGAGAGCCCACUCCUGCAUCAGGAGAAGUUGCAACUGGGCUGCCACUAGAAACUUCCCUUCCAGAUGUGGCAGUCACUCCACAGUUGGGAGAGCCCACUCUUACAUCAAGAGAUGUGGCAGUCACUCCACAGUUGGGAGAGCCAACUCCUGCAUCAGAAGAAAUUAAAACUGGGCUGUCACUAGGAACUUCCCAUCCAGAUGUGGUAGUCACUCCACAUUCGGGAGAGCCCACACCUGCAUCAAAAGAAGUUACAACUAGGCUGCCACAAGGAACUUCCCAACCAGAUGUGGCAGUCACUCCACAGUCAGGAGAACCCACUCUUGCAUCAAAAGAAGUUGCAACUGGGCUGCCACAGGGAACUUCCCAACCAGAUGUGGCAGUCACUCCACAGUUGGGAGAGCCCACUUCUGCAUCAAAAGAAGUUACAACUGGGCUACCACUAGGAACUUCCCAUCCAGAUGCGGCAGUCACUCCACAGUUGGGAGAGCCCACUCCUGCAUCAAAAGAAGUUACAACUGGGCUGCCACUAGGAACUUCCCAUCCAGAUGCGGCAGUCACUCCACAGUUGGGAGAGCCCACUCCUGCAUCAAAAGAAGUUACAACUGGGCUGCCACAAGGAACUUCCCGACCAGAUGUGGCAGUCACUCCACAGUUGGGAGAGCCCACUCUUGUAUCAAAUGAAGUUACAACUGGGCUGCCACUAGGAACUUCCCAUCCAGAUGCGGCAGUCACUUCACAGUUGGGAGAGCCCACUCCUGCAUCAAAAGAAGUUAAAACUGGGCUGGCACUUGGAACUUCCCAUCCACAUGUGGUAGUCACUCCACAGUUGGGAGAGCGUGCUCCUGCAUCAAAAGAAGUUAAAACUGGGCUGGCACUUGGAACUUCCCAUCCAGAUGUGGCAGUCACUCCACAGUUGCGAGAGCGUGCUCCUGCAUCAAAAGAAGUUAAAACUGGGCUGGCACUUGGAACUUCCCAUCCAGAUGUGGCAGUCACUCCACAGUUGGGAGAGCCCGCUCCUGCAUCAAAAGAAGUUAAAACUGGGCUGUCACUAGGAACUUCCCAUCCAGAUGUGGUAGUCACUCGACAGUUGGGAGAGCCCACUCCUGCAUCAAAAGAAGUUACAACUGGGCUGCCGCUCGCUAGUUCCCAUCCUGAUGUGUCACUCAGUCUACAGUCGGGAGAGCCCACACCUGCAUCAAAAGAAGUUGCAACUGUGUUGCCACAUGGAAGCUCCCAUCCGGUUGUGGCAGUCGCUCCACAAUUGGGAAAGCCCACUCCUGCAUCAAAAGAAGUCACAAUUGGACUGCCACUCAGAAACUCCCAUCCAGAUGUGGCACUCAAUACACAGUCAGGAGAGCCAAAGCCUGUGCCAAAAGAAGUUAUGACUGAGCUGCCACUUGGAAUCUCCCAUCCAGAUGCGGCAGCUACUCCGCAGUUGGGAGAUCCCACUCCUGUAUCAAGAGAAGUUACAACUGGGCUGCCACUAGGAACUUCCCAUCCAGAUGUGGCAGUCACUCCACAGUCGGGACAGCUCACUAUUGUGUCAAAAGAAGUUGCAACCGGGCUGGCAAUUGGAAGAUCCCAUCCGAAUGCGACAGUCAUUCCAUUUCCUGGACAGCCUCCUCCUGUGUCAAAAGAAGUUGCAACUGGGCUGCCACUGGAUGUGGCAGUCGCUUCUCAGUCAGGAGAAGUCACUCCUACAUCAAAAAAGGUUGCAAGUGGUCUGCCACUCAGAACCCCACAUCCUGAUGUGACACUCAAUCCCCAGUCAUCAGAUCCCACACCUGCACCGAAAAGACUUGCAACAGGUCUGCGGCUCAGUCGCCCCCACCAGGGUGCGGCACGUGGUCCGCAGUGUUCUGCAAACAACUCCACACCGUCCGUCGGUAUCCUGCCUGAUGACGUGAUGUUGAUGAUAUUCUCCUACUUCAGCCUUCCCGAGAUCGCUGGUAUCUUGCAGAACGUUUGCACUCGCUGGAGGAUCCUGUCCCAGCACCCGUGCUUGUGGACGCACAAGGAGUAUGUGCCCAGGUAG